AUGACCAUCGAUUACUCUCGAUUUGAUGCCAUACGCAUUGACACGUCGUCGUCUGAAUCGUCGUCGCCAAAAUCAUCAUCCAAAGCUUCGCCGCUUGGGAAAAGAAUCUCAGACGAAGAAGCAAAGGUUUUAAGGACGACGUUUACAGAUGCGAAGAGAGUGCCGUGCACAACGCACCGACGAACCAAUAACCUCCUUUUACUCUUGACGGAUCGUGCGGAGAGCGUAAACGCGUUGGCUGGAUACGCGAAAGCGUUUAACUUGCCGCAAACGGAGACGUGGGUCGUGCCGCUUUUGGAUGAAAGAAGAAGAGUUUUGUUGAACGAAGAAGUUUCAUCAACGUCAUCGGAUGAUGAUGAUGAUGAUGAUGAUAUUGAUGAUUUGAAGAACGCUUUUAACAACACCAACGACGACUUUUCGAGAAGAAAGAGAAGAAAACGAUUAAGACGAGUAGUUUGCGAUAUCGCGCUCGUCGCGGCGGACGCGUUGGACUUUGAUUUGGAGACGCAGAUUCAUUUUUUAGCCUGCGGAAGAGAAGCUUCGCUGGCGGCGAGAGAAGCGUGCGCGAUAUUCGGAGAGUUGUUUGAAGGCGCGGGUGGUGCUUUUAUGAUUAACGACGUUGAUGAGAAGACGUGUGUUGAUACGGGGCGAUGUAUGAGUACGUCCAUUUCGAUGGCGUUGAAGACGUUUGGUGGAGGAUUUGUACGUACGAUUGAGAGGAGGAAGAGGGAAGACGUGAGAAGAAAGACGCGGAUGACAUUUUUACAGUAUUCCACCGCGGCAUCAAAGAACAAACUCAAGGACGCAUCCACGUCCUUAGACAACCCCGAAUUCUUCCAACGAAACUGCGAAACCUUCCAUCACGAGUCCGCGCGCACUCCGCUCGAGAGCGAAAAAGAAAACUGCCUCAUCGCCAACGAAACCGAAGCCAGAAUACUGUUCUCACAUUUAGGGAAGACGUUGAAACAAACGCCCGACGAUCCCGACGUCGUAGAUCUAACGCGUCGACCUAGAGAAGAAAAAUCGUACGCGUACGAUUUCGACGUUUCCUCGCAUCCGAGAAGAAAACUCGUCGCAAAAAUAGGAGAUUUGAACGACGUCUUCGAGGCGAUGUUCGUUCGAGAAAAAGAAACAUGCGGGAAGCGAGGAAAGAUUGAACGUAGCAAAACUUACAGAGAAACAAAUAAAAGCGCAUAA